CGUCGUCGUCACAUUCGCCAUUCCCGUUUGCUCAAUUUGUCUUGUGGUGUGAAUGAGGUAAACGUAUUUGUGAAAAUUCGUCGAAAAAAACCGUAAAUUGUGGCAAAUUUAGACAUUUCCUGCUCGCGAAUUCUCCCCGAACAAUCAGCAAUCGAUCCAGUGGUUUACAAGAGAGUGUAGUGUGUGUACUGUGUGUAGUGAGGAUUUUAAGUUAGUGUUUGUUUUGAGUGAUGAAUACUGGUAAACAAGGAAUGACUUGCAGUGGAAUCAUUUCGAAAAACUUAAUAUUGGCACAAUAAAUGAUCCCUGGUGGAUUUGAACACGUUGAAAACGGCUGCCAACAUGGUUAAAAGAUAUAAUGGGUCGUUGCCGCAGGGCGAUCGCGGCAGGAAGCGAAGCAAAUUCGUGCUGUACAAGAAGCCGGAACCGACAGGAGUGAGGCGCUCAAUACAUUACACUGUCAACACACCGCAAUCUUCGCAAGCCAUCCUGGACACCAGUCAACAUUCGAUUUCCUACACGCUUAGCAGGAAUCAUGCUGUCAUCGUCGAAUACACCAGCGACGACCAAACUGACAUGUUCCAAAUAGGUCGAUCAUCCGAAACUCCCAUAGACUUCGUUGUGAUGGAUACGGUCCCCGGCGACAAAAUCCCGGACACUAAACUGGACCAAAGCACCAUAUCGAGAUUUGCAUGCCGGAUACUGUGCGAACGGAACAACCCCACAGUGGCCCGCGUGUAUGCCGCUGGCUUCGAUUCAUCGAAAAAUAUAUUUUUAGGCGAAAAGGCGUGCAAGUGGCAGGAGAACGACAACGAAAUAGAUGGGCAAACAACGAAUGGGGUGCUGCUGAUGCACCCUAGAGGAGUGUUUCACGGCGGCGAAGCCACAAUGGGGCCUUGGGUGGAGACGUCGGUUGGAGGAAUGAUUUUUAUGCGACGAGAGUCCCGAUCGUCGCAGCAAAGAGGAGAGAUCAUCGAAAGUGAAUCCAACCAGCUGCAAGACGGCACUCUGAUUGAUCUUUGUGGAGCUACGUUGCUUUGGAGGUCGGCCGAAGGCCUCGAGAAAUCGCCGAGCAAGCAGCACUUGGAGAAAGUGGUCGAUGAGCUGAACGCAGGGCGGCCUCAGUGUCCCGUAGGACUGAACACUUUGGUGAUACCCCGACGACUAUCGCCCAACGACAGUUCGACCACGCAGCAGCCCUACGUUUAUCUGAACUGCGGCCAUGUGCAGGGCCUGCACGAGUGGGGGCAGGAGAGAGAGUCUAGCAAUCGUAAAUGUCCGAUCUGCUUGGAGUUGGGCCCGGUUGUAAAACUGUGCAUGGGCUUGGAGCCGGCUUUCUACGUGGACUCUGGAAUUCCGUGUUUUGCAUUUAAUCCCUGUGGUCACAUGGCUAGUGAAAAAACCGUUAAAUACUGGUCCGGAAUCGUCAUUCCUCACGGAACCAAUGGGGCCCAGGCCGUGUGCCCGUUCUGCGUCACCCAUCUAUGCAGUUAUCCUGGGUAUGUUAAAUUAAUAUUCCAGGAUAAUGUCGACUAGAACCACCGCACCAGAAGGAAAGUAAUUUAAAAAUGGUUUACAACCCCCAUUUCCACAGUUUUGGUCAGCAACCACAGCAACAGUAAUAUCUAAAUAAAGCACGCAACUCUGCCGUGAUUAUUUAAAUGAUUACAAAUUCAUUAUUGGUUAGUUUGCUGAUAAUUUCUUCCGCCCCUUAGUUCUUCGGUCUGUAAAUAGCGGCCAGGAAAAUAUCAACUAAUUUCCACAAAUAAUCACAGUCUCCGGAAUCCCCCACAAAAUCGACCAAUUUUGAACACUGUGAUGCACCAAAGCUCGGUUUGUACUGCCUUAUAAAUAUCGCGGAUUGGUUCUGAUUCGAUAAUGGUUUCUUCUGUUAAACCUGCUGGCGGUACAAUUGAAAAUAAUGCUAUGUUGGCUGGGUUGUACCCAGCCCCAUAUUCUAACGGAUGUAUCGAUUAUACCCCCAAUUAUUCAAUUUGUUCGCGACCGCAUUUUUUGCUAAAAUUUGUUGUAUUUUAUUGUCGUCUGAAUGCAGUUAGUGAUUUCUCGUUAUUGUAUUAUUUUACCUUUAAAACUAUUCGAUUCGAAGGUGUUUGCCAUUAUGCACUUCAACCCGAACUGUAUGAGGCAAACAUUUUGCGGACACUAAGAGUGAAUGUACACUGUUGUUGAUCGGGCAUUUUUCUGAAUUUUUUGGAAUGGCUUUAGAAGAAAGUAACUGCGUGAACCGUUAAGACUGGUUAGUAUAUGUAACGUAUAAUAAUAAUAAGGCGUAAUGUAAUGUGGUUUAAAUGUGGUCGACAUAAUUUUCAUUUCACUUGUGUGAACCAAGCAUACCCGAGGCGGGAGUAUGACCCGUAUAAUGUGUUAUUUCGGCAUUCUUUGUCCAUUAUGUUCAAAUCGUCUAUUCUGUAUAUAUGUAGUAUAAGAUUGAACGUUAAUCACGCUAGCGUGGUAGCCGUAAAGAUUAAGGUAUUUUUAACGAUUAUAUUCACAAAUGAAUUUGUCUGUGCCUGGAUAUUCACUAAUAAAAUUAUUAUGUUUGUGUUUUAACACUCUACAUAAGUGAAUUGCACAUUGACCCGAAACCGAUGUUGAAUAAUAAAUAUUUGGUUUAAUGUGC